AUGGAGUAUAUUAGGAAUAUGCUGCAACAAUGGUUUUAUGAGAGACGGGGUCAUGCUAGUAAGAAGGAUGGACAUCUCACCUCUUGGGCUGAAGGACAAAUAGCCAAAAGAUUUGCAUUAUCCCAAUAUUGGCUGUCAGAACCGAUUGAUAUGUAUAGAUUCAAUGUCAAAGAUGGUAACUCCGGUGGCAUAGUAGACUUGAAGGCGAAAACUUGCACAUGUCGGGUGUUUAAAUUCGACAAAUUGCCAUGCGGACAUGCCCUGGCUGCUGCACGUUCACGUAAUAUUGACCCAUACACUUUGUUGUCCGCAUACUACCAAACAAAGGCUCUGUUGUGUGCCUAUGCCGAUCCGAUUAUGCCGGUGGGCAGUCAGGCCGAUUGGAUCGUACCGGACAAAAGUGCAUCUGUUAAUUUACUACCUCCGGCAACUAGACGCCCAUGUGGAAGACGCAAGACAUGCCGAAUUCCUUCCGCUGGCGAAGAGAAGAGGAGGGUAAAAUGUGGUCGUUGUGGUCAAAUUGGCCACAAUCGCCAAACUUGCUCAAAUCCAAUAAGUCUGGAUGAAAAAAAGGAAGGCAGCAGUAAAGGUGCAAGAGUGGAUCACGUUUGA